CCUCCCCUCGCUCCCCCGCCGCCGGCCUGGGCCUCGUCCUCAGCGGCUGCGGCGGGCGGGGGGCUCGGUCCGGCGGGCUGGCGGCCUGCGGCGCUGUGGGCGCGCCCCCGUCCCGGUGCCGGCGGGGUCCCCGCGCCGAGGGCGCUCGCGGGCGACGCUGGGCGCAGCCGUUCCCGGCCAGGAAUGUCAUGCUUUUAAACAAGAUAAACUUACUAAAUAGCCAGAGCUAUACCCAACAACAGACUGAUGGAGGUGUGCAGCAAAAUGGGUUGAAUGAGUACAGAGCUACCUUGUUCCACUUUUAGUUGUUCUUGUACUGUCUCCACUUUUGCUUCAGAGAGCACUACAAAUCUAAAUGGGUUUAAGUUGGCAGAGAAGAACAGGCAACCUCUGGUGGAAUUCUGUUUUCAUCAUGUUGUCUCACCAGUGCUGGCUGAGCUGAAACUUCCUGCAUCUCGGGGAGAGCAUGUAUAAAAGGAAUGACUUCAUGGCCAAUGUGAUGGUCACCUCCGCCACUCCAGAGAACAGAAAUAUCUGUCAUAGAUCAGAGCAUAAGAAGUCUCCAGGGUCAAACUGAAGAUUCUUCUAGUCCGUUAUUCUGCCUCUGAUGUGGCCAACAGCAAAUGCCUGAAGAGGGGCACGAGAGCAGUGCAAGCACAGGAAACAUCCCACCGGGUAGUAGCAGCUCAGAUUCUCUGGAAGGGCGAAGUUCAGAUUAUGCCAAUAAAAGCUAUGAUGCAGUUGUAUUUGAUGUGUUGAAAGUAACUCCUGAGGAGUUUGCUAGCCAGAUUACAUUGAUGGAUGUGCCAGUAUUUAAAGCUAUACAGCCUGAGGAACUAGCCAGCUGCGGAUGGAAUAAGAAAGAAAAACAUAUCCUCGCUCCAAAUAUUGUUGCCUUUACUAGGAGGUUUAACCAGGUCAGUUUCUGGGUUGUACGAGAAAUAUUAACAGCACAGACCUUAAAAAUAAGGGCAGAAAUAUUGAGCCAUUUUGUGAAAAUAGCUAAAAAGCUUCUAGAACUGAAUAACCUUCAUUCUCUCAUGUCCGUGGUAUCAGCCCUGCAAAGUGCACCUAUCUUCAGACUGACCAAAACCUGGGCCCUUUUGAAUCGCAAAGACAAGACCACCUUUGAGAAGUUAGACUAUUUACUGUCUAAGGAAGAUAAUUAUAAAAGGACACGGGAGUACAUCAGAAGCUUAAAAAUGGUUCCUACGAUUCCAUAUUUAGGAAUUUAUCUCUUGGAUUUAAUCUACAUUGAUUCUGCAUAUCCCGCUUCAGGCAGCAUUAUGGAGAAUGAACAAAGAUCCAAUCAAAUGAACAAUAUUCUCCGAAUAAUAGCUGAUCUGCAAGUCUCCUGUAACUAUGAUCAUCUUACAACUCUGCCCCAUGUGCAAAAGUAUUUGAAGUCUGUCCGUUACAUUGAAGAACUUCAGAAAUUUGUAGAAGAUGACAAUUACAAAUUAUCAUUAAGAAUUGAGCCAGGUAACAGCUCUCCUCGACUGGUUUCCUCCAAAGAAGAUCUUGCAGGGAUGUCAUCCAAGCUCAUGCUUUACCCUGCUGAUCCAGCUGCAAGAAAUUCAACAUUUUUGCUGAAGUGUCCGUCUGACGUGUCAGCAAUUAUGAAAUUCAGCAGGAGACCCACAUGUCCUGAUGCCUCCGUAGCAGCCAGCCUACCUACACCUCCUGUACCAAGGCACAGGAAGAGUCACAGCCUGGGAAACAACAUGAUGUGCCAGCUCAGCGUCGUGGAGAGCAAAAGCGCCACGUUCCCCUCGGAGAAGCCGCGCCACCUCCUGGAUGACAGCGUGCUGGAGGCCCACAGCCCGGCCCGCGGCCCCCCGCACCGCGCACCGCUCGCCAACGGCCUCUCCGUAGAUAGCAGUGAAAGCUCAGAAUUUAGUGAGGAGCUGCCAUCAGGGCUUGAAAGGGGUCGUUUAUAUGCCACGCUGGGGCCUAACUGGAGGGUACCGAUCCGGAAUUCUCCUAGGAGUCGAAGCUGUGUCUACAGCCCAACAGGGGCCUGCAGCUGCACAUUAGGUAGUUCCACAGGAGUCAUUACCAUGGAAGGGCCAUUAAGAAGAAAAACAUUGCUCAAAGAGGGCAAGAAACCUACUCUCUCCUCAUGGACUAGAUACUGGGUUAUGCUUUCAGGAUCAACUCUUCUGUACUUUGGAGCAAAAUCUUUAAGAGGCACCGAAAGAAAACAUUAUAAAUCUACACCUGGUAAAAAAGUCUCCAUUGUGGGCUGGAUGGUGGCACUGCCUGACGACCCUGAGCAUCCUGAUAUUUUCCAGCUAAAUAACCCUGACAAAGGCAAUGUUUACAAGUUCCAGACCGGUUCAAGGUUUCAUGCAAUAUUGUGGCAUAAGCAUUUGGAUGAUGCAUGCAAAAGCAACAAGCCUCAGGUACCUGCUAAUCUAAUGUCAUUCGAAUAAUUUGCUCUCCUACCUGGUGCGACUUCAAGUGCCAAACUGAAGAAACAAGCUAUUGUUCUCUGAGGAGGAAGAGGAGAAUGUUUUUUCUGACAUGAGCCAGCCACAAAUAUUUCAGCACUUUCCUACGUAACUUGAAAGUGAUUCUGACACAGCUUUUAAAAGCAGAAAGUGAAUGUUGUCCUUAGGACCAGAUGUAGUCUCAUGCCCUGAGUGAAAGCAGAAGGUUAAAUGGACAGAAGAUUAAUACUGACUCCUGCAGGAUUCCAGAGCCCUCAACCUUUUGUGGUCAGAGACUGCCAGGAACUGAUGUUUGACCACAAACUGAGCAUCAUAUCUUCUGCCUAUUCUUUUUUAAACGGUUCUUUUUACUGUUAAGCUGCUUUGUGUGACUGAAGAAUAUUUGGCCCAUGUUGGGUUUCAGUUCUUUCUAAUGCACAGAAUGAUUGACAGUGUUAACUUGCUGCAAAGUGUCAACUAGAAUAGAAAAUUGUGGAACAACAUUUUUAUAAUCUAAGUGCACUGAGUUGCUUGGCGAAGUGGCUGCCUCAGAUUUUGUAUCAAAUCUCUGGACAAUUCUGCUGUUCACAUUUGAGCUAUUUGGGAAAAAUGUAUUUUGGCACAGGACAGUUGGUUUUCUUUUUGCUCAGUUGUUACUCAGGAAUGGCCUGACAAUGGAUUUAAGGCUGUUUAAAUUUGUUUUGUGCUAAAGGUCAUCUUUCAUUCUCUUUACCAGUGGCAUAGUUGCUUACAAGUUUGGUUUUUAAUUCAGUCUGAAUGUUGUUCAUCUUAAAUCCCCCGGUACAUGGAAGCAGGUAAUCGGGUAUUACGUAUCGCGUGCCCUGGCUCCUCAGGGUGAUUCUGUAUUGUUGUUUCUGUUCUGUCUGCGGGUGACUCGGCUCCACUCAACUCCAGUACAUGACACAACUUUAUGACAUACAGUGCCGGCACAUGGUGCUGCUAUUGUGAGAUGAUGGUGGCAAUGAGAGCUAGGGAAGACUGUCUGACAGUGGAGCCAGUACAAAGAAUCUUCCACACCAGUGUCCAGAAAACAACAACAACAAAAAAGAAUGUAACUAAGCCUUCUCGUCUGAAAGAACUCUCUCCACAUCCAUAGCUGUGUCCCUGCUGUGCCCUAGUGCCCCUGUGGUUGGGGUUUUUUUUCUGUUGCCAUGCUAAGUUUGGCACUUUUUCUGUUUGAAACUCUUUUGCCGUAAGGCAUCAGUAUUCAGAACUCAUCCAAAAGCUUCUUCUGAGUUUCCUAAGAUUGCACAGAGGAUAAAUUUGCAAGCCAGCCUUUAGGUGACAAACUAUGAGAAAAAUGGAAGUCAGUUUAAUUGAACAAAGCCUGUAUUAGAACAAGCUGCCUGGCAUUAGGAGUAUUUAUUCUGUGGACUUACAUGAUUUUUUAAUUUUUGAUACUGAAACUUCUCUUAUGACAACAAAAAAAAUACUCAUAUUGUUAAAUGUAGGUAAUCUGUAACCUUUAUGUUAUUUAAAGUGUUCAUGUUACAAACCUGAGAAUGAAGCCUAAUACAUACCAGCUUUUCAAGAAAACCGGUUCCUGACAACAAAUGCAUUUAGAUCCUGGGACAUGUGAAAGUGUUUGUAAAGUUGAGAAAACUUCUUUGAUAGCUCGGGAGUUCUGUGAAAAGAGUGUAAUGCAAAAUACAUUUAUACCUUUUUUUCUCCUUUUUUGCUAAGGUAAGACAGCUUUGAACUAGGAAAAAUAUCAGUAUCUGGGAGGGCAGAGCAUGCAGUGCCAUUAGAGACAAUGAAUGAAGUAAAAUCCUGUCACCAGUAAAUUACUUCAGACUGUUAGAAUAUGAUACAAUUUGAAUUAUUCUGUACCUGUGGACUUUUGUGGUUAAUUAGGAGAUUAUUUAUGAAGAUGCAAGUGUUGCGUGGACUGCCAUUUUAAUGAAUAUGCCACCUGUGACCAUGCGUAUUGUGUGUUAUUAGCAUUUGAAGGGUUUGAACCACAUGCAGAAUGGUGACCAAAAUGAUGACACGCUAAGCGAAACCGAACUGUUGAAGUCAAGAGGUUUUUUUAAAGCUUAUUACUUUAUUAGCAGCCCUUUCUCCUUAAAAGGGAUUCAUCUGAUCUGUCUUAACUAUAAGCUAAAAUUGAAACGGAAUAUUUAUUGGCAUGAAAUGUACGUAUAUUAGAGGCAUGUAACUACUUACUCAUUUCUCAUGUGAUGUAGUGGAAGUGAACACUAAUGAGGACUCAUGACAUUUUUUCCAGCAUCUUGCAAUUGAGAUAAAGUAAUGGAUGUUGUAACAACUUUGGGCUACGUUUAACAAGCCUCCCUCGGAAAGAACAGUAAUUGCUGACUGGUUCAGUGGUGACAGAAUGAGCCUGUACGUACUCAGAAUUUAAUGGCUUUUAGAGUUUAAGGGUCUCAUAUAUGUUACUGUAUGGACAAGAUGUAGAGUGUUCUAGCCUUCAAAAAUAUACUUUUACUCAAAAUUGCAAGCCACAGAGUCUAUUGGAGAAGUUACAAAAGGGUCAGUUUUCACUUGCUUGAAAAACGGAUUCCCAACUAGAAAGGAAGUGUCUUUGCCAGAAACCAUGAUGAGCCCCAGAACAAUGUGGCAUGAAUGAAAGGCAAUGUCAUUUGUCACUGUCAGAGGAUUAAUCUGUGCAGAAAUUAAACCCUUCAAUCCUACUCAGUCCUCAACAUAGCGAAUAAUAGUUUUACACAAUAGUCAGGUGAACAUCUUUUCAGCAUAGCACAGUUGUGAAAUGGCUGCACUAUGUAAAAAAAAUCAGAAUUACAGCAGUGUAAGAAUAUUACUAAAAUAUCUUAAACCAAUUUUAAAUGAGUUUAAGUAUUAAACAGUUUGUAGCUGCUGAUUUGGGGUUUCAUACUGUCAUUUGGUACCAUUUGCUUGUCAUCUGGUACUUUCAAGGUGAAUUGAAAGCUGCUGUUGAAAUGCAACAUAUUGCAUAUCAGUACUGAUUAAUACAGCAUUUUUACGAAAGUAUCACAAACCAUACAAGUUCUCAUCCAUCAAAGAGAAUAACUGCAAUAGUUGUGUAAAAAUAAACAUUAUCUUGAAAGUACUACUUUCAGAGUUGUGAAGAUAUAAAAUGUAUGUAGGCAAUUUUAUAAAUUUAUUAAUGUGCAAUUUUCAUGUAAUUCAGUGCCAAAAUGCAUGGUUUUUUCCAAAUAGCACUAAAAUGAGGCAAAGAAGGUAGUUUUCAAAUUGCAACUUAUUUGUCACAUUAUAAUGUAAAUCAAUCUCAACAUUUUGGUUUGUUUUGUGUGAAAACUGUUGCACUAUUUUUGGCUGUAUUUUCCAGCAGUCCACUGCAUGCCAUUUGUGUAAGGAUUCUUUCUAUAAUUCUUGUGAACUGUCUCACCCAUAAUAACCCUGGUGUUGGAAUCUAGGUUUUUGGCAAAGUAUUUUGUUACCUCAGUCUUGUAUCGAGUUGCUGUAUUUUUCAGUUUGUUACAUUGAUAAUGAUUGUUUCACUAAUUAAAUACUUUAAUGUAAAAAAAAAAAGUUUGUUUACUUCAACAGCAAUUGCAUUUGGUUGUAAAUUUAAAAAUGUGCAGAGUAUGUAUACUGUUAACAAUAAAAUAUUCUGAAAAAGAA